GUGUGUGUGCAUGUGUGUGCACUCUUCUUCUUCUUCUUGUUCAUGUUCAUGUUCUUGGUGAAUAAGGAGUUUCCUGCAGAUUCUCCAAAGUGGUCGACGUAGUUAUGAACCCGUCGCCUGGAGCUUGGUCUCUAUCUGGACCUCACCUGACGUCCUCCCCGGCAGGAGAAACACAAACUCCUCACCCCACGACUGUGACAAAUGACUUUGCAAACAUCAGCUCAGGUGAUGGAGAUUUGGCAGCCUUGAUUGGAGGGAUCGUUGGUUGUCUGCUGCUGGUGCUGACCUGUGUCAUCGUGGUGCUUCUGUGGUGUCUGUCCAGACAUAAAGGCUCGUACAUCACCAACGAGAUGGACGAAGACAACGAGAUGGUCCAUGACGGAGAAGACGACGAUGAAGAUGACGAGUCUCUGCAGCUGAAGCAGCCUCUGCAGAGCAAAGAGGACGAACGAUGAGGAGGAGGAGGAUGAGGAUGAGGAUGCAAGAGGUUACAUUUGCAACCAGGGGCACAGAAACAACAACAAAGAUUUUUAAUCAAAGUUGUUUUAAGGAUUGUUAUUUUCCAAAAGUGACCCAUUUUCUACAAGCUGCACUGCACACGUUUGCACUUUGGCACCACCAGAUGGCAGCAUCAUGAAACUGCUCAGACAAUCUCCACUGUCAAACAGUGCAUGAUGAAACUAACUGGAUUAGAGUGUUCGAUUUGUGUACAACGCUUUUUAAAAUCGUAAAUUAUCCAUUAUUUAAUUAUCAAGGAGGAGUAUUAGGGCCAAAUGUAAAAAAAGUCAUA